AGAGUCUUGGUCACAGUCAACGCUCGAAGUCUUCUUCCGAAUCACUGGCUAUGGUUUUCGUAGAAGAAACAAAACAAAGCCUCAGCUCUGUCUCCAUUCAGAUUUCUUCCCUCGCAUUAUCUUCAUGGUCUAGAACCGCAGAACCAGAUAAACCAGAUAAAAAAGACGAGCCUCUUCGGCUCGGAGGCUUCAAUCCUCGAGCUCACGCUCUCUCCGGUUGCCGCCGCUACCCGGCGAUAGCAGCAGGCUCCACACUCUUGUACUUGUUCCUACUUCGUCGCUUUGAGAGCUGAUCGUCCUUCGGAGGGUGAAGUUGGUGUCUUGCGCUUGAACUGUGCGUUUUGGCUUUAUUUACAAUGUGAAAUGGCCCAUAACGAAAGAGAUGAAGAACCGAUACUGUCGGAAACGCAACAGCAAUUAUCAGAUGAUCAUAACAGUUCUCAACCUCGGUCACGUAUAUCUAGGACCCGGAGUGUGUCAAUUUCCAUCCCUACGAGCUCCAUGGAGUCAUACGAGAGUAUAACGAGUCGAGUAGGUUACACUGGACCUUUAAGGAGUAGGACACCUUUCUCGCUAAUGAGUGGCCCGUUACACAAUCACGGACCUGAAAGCACGGGAGUGGAGCCGCAACAAAUGAAAGAAAAAUUCCCUUCUUUUAGCAUAAAGGAUCGUAUUGACUCCGCAGAUGACGACUAUGGUGCUAAAAAUGAGCAUUUACUGAGGUCCGGGCGACUGGGGAUGUGCAAUGACCGUUACUGUACAACUUGCCCCUCGCAUUACAAUAGAAGGGCGCAACAAACAAGUUCUGAAAGUUCAAGUAUCGCUGAUACCCGGUUUCACAAAGCUCUUUAUGGGGAUGCCAAAAGUUGGGCAAGGAGGUUCUUCACUUAUGUCAGUGCCCACAUUCCUGGCGUGAUAAAUCCUCAUGCUCAAGCUGUCCAGCGGUGGAACAAAUUUUUUGUCAUUUCUUGUGUGGCGGUCCUCUUUGUAGACCCAUUGUUUUUGUUCUUGCUGUAUGUACCAAAGGACUGUAUGUGUGUAACGUUAAACAGGCCCAUGGCAACAAUACUCGUUGUUUUCAGAAGCAUGACGGACCUCAUGUACCUAUUUCACAUUCUUCUGCAGUUUAGGUUGGCUUACAUAGCUCCUGAGACCAGAGUGGCUGGUGCUGGAGAUUUAGUUGACCAUCCAAAAAGAAUCUUUUUCCAUUAUCUGCGAGGACACUUCUUGUUAGAUCUUUUGGUUGCAGUUCCACUUCCGCAAAUGUUGAUAUUUUCUGCAAAAUAUGCAAUGAUACUUUUACGCGCAGGCGUUCUUGUCCAAUACAUUCUCAGAUUAUAUCAAGUUUUGCCCUUACUUGUGGGUCAGUCUCAACCUUGCCUCAUUUUUGAUUCAGCAUGGGCAAAUUUUGUCAUCAAUCUUCUCAUGUUUGUGUUGGCUGGCCAUGUCGUUGGAUCAUGCUGGUACCUUCUUGGGCUACAGAGGGUUGAUCAAUGCCUUCGGAAAGCGUGCAAACCAAAGAUGUUUAAUGAAACUUGGUGCAAUAGUUGUAAUAUGACAGCUACUGCUUGUUUCACAACCAAUGAUGAACAAAAAUAUGGAAUUCUUCGAAAAGCUGUUGAACUUACACAAAAAGGCGUGGGCAGGAGAUACUUAUAUUCAUUGUUCUGGGGAUUCCAGCAAAUAAGUACUCUAGCUGGAAAUCAAACUCCAAGCGACUUUGUCCCGGAAGUCCUGUUUCUCAUGGGCAUUAUUGGAUUGGGCCUCUUGCUUUUUGGUCUUCUCAUUGGAAAUAUGCAGAACUUCCUCCAGUCUCUUGGAAGAAGGAGGUUAGAAAUGUCAUUAAGGCAGCGUGACGUUGAGCAAUGGAUGAGUCACAGACGCCUACCUCAACAGCUAAGAAGAAGAGUAUGCGAAGCUGAGCUAUACCACUGGGCUGCCACUAGAGGAGUCAACGAAGAAAUGCUUCUCGAGAAUUUUCCUGAAGAUCUUCAGAGAGACAUAAGACGCCAUCUCUUCAAAUUUUUGAAAAGAGUGAGAAUAUUUGCAGUUAUGGAGGAUCACAUCAUAGAUGCAAUUUGCGAGAGGUUAAGGCAAAAAAUAUACAUCAAAGGAAGCAAGAUCCUGCACCCCGGUGCCCGUGUUGAAAAGAUGAUUUUCAUUGUCCGUGGGAAAAUUGAGAGCAGAGGAGAAGAUGGGGUUACGAGUUUAUGUGAAGGAGAUUUUUGUGGGGAAGAGCUUCUAGCUUGGUGCCUUGAGAGUUCUUCUGUAAACAAAGAUGGACGAAAGAUAAGACCACCUGGAAACUGGUUGCUGAGUAACAGGACGGUGACAUGCGUGACAAAUGUUGAAGCCUUUGCACUACGAGCAGAAGACCUUGAAGAAGUCACCAGAAUAUUUGCAAGAUUCCUGCGCAAGCCAAGAGUUCAAGGAGCCAUAAGGUAUGUAUCACCAUACUGGAGAGGACUUGCAGCAACUCGCAUCCAAGUCGCUUGGAGAUACAAGAAGAAACAACUAAGUCGUGGGGACACUUUCCCGUCACAGCAUCCUUCACAUUAGCAAAGUAUGUUGAUGGUAUUAACUACAUUCCUCUGCUGUCUGUAUUUAUACUAGGUUCCAGUUGCAUUGUGAAUGCAAACUAUGAGAGAGGACAUGUUGAAAGCGCAUGAUGAUAUAGGCAUGUAAUUUAAGUUGUGAUAUCUGAGAUGUAGAUUCUUCUACAAAAAUAAUAUGUGAGGGAUUAGAUGAUGAUUGCCUUGGUGGAGCGUCGAGCGCAUGAGGGACCAUGACUAAACUUAAUAAAAGCCACAUUGGGCGAGACACCCUUCGCUCAUUGCCUUCAAUAGGCUGAGAUUUCCUA